AUCCCGGAAGUGCGGACUCAGGACUUCCGUCCCGGAAACUCCGUUUUAAGCAUGGCUUUGGGCGGGGAGGGACGCAAGAAAAGGAAGGGCCAGGAGCGGAGACAGAGUCCUGAGGAUGGCGUGGGGAAUGCGGUCACCGACUACCUGGUGGGACAGGUCGCCGACAGCUUGCGGGGCGGCGCACGUCCUCCUGGAGGCGGGACGGGGCGGCUGGCCGCUCUCUUCAGCACCGCGGAGCCAUCUGGUCCCCCUGUAUUUGUGCCUGUGCCCCAGGAAACAUCUAAAAAAAGAAAGCGUGAUGACGAAGAAGAGAGCGUGUCCCAUAUUAAAAAGCCAGUUUUGCAGGAGCCUGUAAGAAAAGUGAAAGUGAAGAAACUCUCUGAUGCAGACAAGAGGCUGGCAAACAGGGAAGCUGCUCUAGCAGGUGCUGACUUAGAGGAAGAGCUUCAUCAGGACCAAGGGCAGGGAAAACGAAGGGCUCAGCCUCGGGGUAAUGUGGCAGAUGGAGAAGCUCGGGAUGUUGCCCUCAGCCUUGAUAAGGAUGGGGGCCAAAGAGCGAAAAUCCCUCUCAACCCCGAAGAGGAGCGGUUGAAAAACGAGAGGACUGUGUUUGUUGGCAAUUUGCCUGUCACGUGUAAUAAGAAGAAGCUGAAGUCAUUUUUUAAAGAGUAUGGACAAGUAGAAUCUGUACGAUUUCGUUCUGUGAUGCCAGCAGAGGGGACACUAUCCAAGAAGUUGGCUGCAAUAAAACGUAAAUUUCAUCCUGACCAGAAAAGCAUCAAUGCAUAUGUGGUGUUUAAGGAGGAGAGUGCUGCUGCAAAAGCCCUGCAAAGAAAUGGGGCCCAGAUUGCAGAAGGAUUUCGUAUUCGCGUUGAUCUGGCAUCUGAAACUGCCUCUAGGGACAAGAGAUCAGUAUUUGUGGGAAAUCUUCCUUACAAAGUUGAAGAGUCUGCUUUGGAGGAACACUUUCUGGACUGUGGGAGCAUUGUGGCAGUGAGGAUCGUGAGAAACCCACUCACAGGAGUCGGCAGAGGGUUUGGCUAUGUGCUCUUUGAGAACACAGAUGCUGUUCAUCUUGCUUUGAAGUUAAAUAAUUCUGAGCUAAUGGGAAGAAAACUGAGAGUCAUGCGUUCUGUCAAUAAAGAAAAGCUAAAACAACAGAAUUCAAGUCCACGCUUGAAGAAGGAUGUCAGUAAACCUAAGCAGAGACUUAAUUUUACUUCCAGAGAAGGAAAAUUCCAUUCCAAGAAUGCAUUUAUUGGAGAAAAGGCAGUUCUCAUGAAAAAGAAGAAAGGACAAAAGAAAAAAGCACAGAUGAAGAAACCAAGAAAACAGUAGUAGUAACAGACCCUGCCUCCUUUCUGUGUUGAAAUCUUGCAAUGAGUGUCUGGGUUUUUUAUGGAUUGUGUGAAAAUGUGGAGGCUUCCACAGUAGCUGACUUUUCUUUCUUUUUUUAUUUUUUUUUUCAAACUCAUGCUAUAUGUAAGGCUUCUUUGAAGCAUUGUUCUUAGAAAUGUAUUUUUUAAAAAUAAAAAUCAUUAAUACUCUCUGU